AUGCCGAGUACUUUGUCAUCCGUUUCCUCUGCAAUUCCGCAGCUUUCCACUUGUCUCAUUACUUUCCAUGGAAGGAAAAGAUGGCAUCUUUUCCAACCGAUUCAUUACCGAAGCCCAUCUUUUUCAAAAGGGCAACCGUAUAUAAUACGAUGAAAUGAAUUGCAGAGCUCGGAGUCAUACCCCAUUGAAAAGUUCAUGACUUUUUCUUGUCCUUUCUUGAAUUGGUGGGGGCGGUGUGUUAGUCAAUUUGGGUGCUGACCCGGCAAAGCUUUAACCGCAGCGAUCGAAGGAAGAGCACUGAAAUUUGAUCGGCCGCGUCCUAUGCCACUCGGAGGAGUAGCUGAAGAUGGGCGGCGCUGCGGAUGAGACCAUAUUUGUGGCGGUCGGGAAGAGCGUGGAGAGUAGCAAGACGACGCUCUUAUGGGCACUCGACAACUUCGUCGGCAAGAAAAUUUGCUUGCUUCACGUUCACAGGCCCGCCCACUCAGCUGCAUUCAGUGAGUAAUCUGGAAAUCAAUGGAAAAUUUGUUAUAUACAAACCGAAGGAGAAUGGAGUGAAGGUCUCACAGCAGGAUGUUGAAAUGCAAAAGAUUAAUGAGAUUUUUAAUCAUUACCAAAGCUUUCUUGCUGAAGCAGGGGUGGAGGCAGAUAAAAUAUGGAUUGAAAGGGAUGAUGUAGGGAAGGGAAUUGUAGAAAGCAUCUCUUCUCACAACAUCAGAUGGCUUGUCAUGGGAGCUGCUGCUAACAAAUACUAUUCGAAGAAUCUUUCGACUUUAAAAUCCAGAAAAGCAAUUUUUGUUUGCCAAAAUGCGCCGGAGUUUUCCCAUAUUUGGUUCACUUGCAACGGUCGCUUGAUAUAUACGAGGGAACUGAGGAAUGAUAGUAAGGCCAACGAAGAAACAAACACAGAUCUGAGGAACAAUGAGAAGCUUGAAGGAGAAACUAUCCCGUCAUUGCUUUCGGUCACAAGCUUACAUAGUGAGACAAGGCAACUUGAGUGUUCAAUGUCAGAACCUGUUCCUCAAACUUUUGAGCAGGCAUAUCUUCCAAUUCAAAGAUCAAGAUCAGAGGACCUUGACUAUAGUUUCAGGAGCUUCAACCCUUUGAUUUUGCCUCAGACCAUAGAAGGAAGAUCAUUGAUUCAGCAUUCUGCAGAGUCUGGGAAAAGUAAACUUCAGGGACGACUUAGGAGUCUCAAAUCUCAAGGUUCUGAAGAUGCAACAAGUACCUCCAAGUUGAGAUCCGUAUCAGACCAGGAAGAGGGAACUCAAGGUUUGGAAGUUCAUGAUGUACAUUAUAGGUUAGAAGAGGCGCUAAUCGAAGUUAAGAACUCCAGAAAGAAAGAAUUCGAGGAGGCAAUAAAGCGAUGGAAGGAGGAAGAGAAUGCUCUCGAUGCCAAACAGAAUGCAAAAUCGCUAGAGAUUUCAUAUGCUAAGGAAUCGAAUGAAAGGAAAGAGCUUGAAAAAGAAUUGAAGAGAAAAAAGGAAGAACUAGAAGCUGUGCAGAAUCAGCACUCUGGAAUUAUAAAGCACCUCCAUGCAGUUCAAGAACAGAACUCAGCACUUGAGAAUCAGAUUUCAAAAUCACGUUCUGUUGAGGGAGAGCUAGAGGAGAAGAUUGUUUCCGCUGUGGAACUCUUGAUAGCUUUCAAAGAAAGGCGAGAUAGGCUUCGAAUAGAGCAUGGAGAAGCCAUGCGAGAGGUCAGAGUGCUGAGGAAGUCAGUGAGGAUGGAGUCUCCAAGCUUCUGUGGCCCCCUCAUUCUUUCAUUUACAUUUGAGGAGAUUAUUCAAGCAACUCACAGUUUUGAUCAAUCCUGCAAAAUCAGGGAAGGAAGAUAUGGAACCAUGUACAAGGGGACGCUAAGGCACGCUGAUGUUGCCAUCAAGAUGUUACCCUUCUCUGGUUCUCGGGGAGCUUUGGAUUUUCAAGACGAGGUGGAGGUUUUGAGUCGGGUGAGGCACCCAAACUUGGUCACAUUGAUUGGUACAUGCCCAGAGUCGUACUCUCUCGUCUAUGAGUAUAUGAAAAACGGAAGCCUCGAAGACCGGCUCACCUGCAGGGGCAAGAAAUCCCCUCCCUUCCUGUGGCAGACACGAAUGCUAAUUGCCGCAGAGAUAUGCUCCACACUCAUCUUCCUCCAUUCCCACGAGCCUUCUAUUAUCCAUGGAAACUUAAAGCCCUCCAACAUCCUCCUUGAUUCCAACUUUGUGAGCAAGAUCAGUGACCUAGGCAUCUCUCGACUAGCCCGAAAAGAAGACCCUCAUCCCCAUUUGAGCUCUGUAUAUAAGGACCCUGAGUAUCAUGCAACUGGAGUGCUAACUCGAGAAUCAGAUGUCUACUCCUUUGGGGUUAUACUUUUACGCCUCAUAACUGGAAGAUCAAUCUCGAGUGUUGUGAAGGAUGUUAGGUGUGCCCUUGAAAUGGGGAACUUUAAUACAGUGUUGGACGUUUCCGCGGGGGAUUGGCCACUUGAUGAAGUAGAACAGUUGGCUCGAGUGUCAGCAAGGUGUUGUGAGUCAAACAAGCUUGAUCGCCCGGACCUUGUCUCAGAAAUUUGGACUGUUCUUGAGUUGAUGAGAGACUUGGCAAUCACCUCAGCUUCGAAGUUGCAUUUAGAGGAGAGUCGCCAAGCUCCCUCUCACUUCGUCUGCCCCAUAUAUCAGGAAGUCAUGAAAGAUCCACUCAUAGCAGCAGAUGGGCAUACCUAUGAAGCAGAAGCAAUCAGAGGAUGGUUGGAUAGUGGCCAUAAUACUUCUCCAAUGACAAAUCUGAAGCUCGAGCAUACCGACUUAGUCCCGAACUAUGCUCUUCUCUAUGCGAUUCAAGAGUGGCGGCAGCUUCUGUAGAAUAGUUCUCCGCUUCUUCCUCUGCAAAUAAUCUCUACAUGUGCUCCGGUUUUAUGGAUCGAGCCCUGAUACCAGACUUACAAUUCUACUCUCCGGUACUAACUCGGCAUACAAUACAUGCUCAUGUACAGCAAAAAGAAAAAGAGGAAAGAAGUUCGAUUGCAUAUCCAAGUUCGAUACAAAACUUGUAUACACAAGUAAGAUAGUGUAUUCAAUGAUUCUGCUUCAUCUAGUUGCCUGUCGGGAAAUAGUCUUUUGAUAUCAUAAACACAUGUAUACAUUUAUUCCAACGUGGCUUGACUCGACUACGAAAUCCUUCCGAAAUUAAUGAAAUAUUUCACCCGAA